CCGGGCUCGGGCUCCGGCGGCGGCGGCCGGGAGAAGGCGGCGGCGGGAUGGGGCGGCUGCGGCUGCUGCUGCUGCGGCUGCUGCUGCUGCUGCUGGGCGCCGCCGCGCUCGGGGCCGCCGCGCUGGCGGCAGCCGAUGAAGAGGGAAAUCAGGAUGAAUCCCUGGAGCCAAAGACUUUAGCUGCAGAGGACCAGGUAAAGGACCAUUCCACAGGAACUCGAGUGGUAGCAGGUCAGAUCUUCCUUGAAUCAGGGAAGUCAGACCCUCAAUCUGAGGAUGAAGAGAACUUUCACAGUCAAGAGGAAGAAAAAGAGAAUUCACUGGAAGAGUUGAACUCUCUAGAAAUGUCCAACCUAUUAAAUAAGGAUUUGGAAGAAGCAGAAAUACAGAGUCCAGUUUUGACAGCUAUUGGAGGUACUGCGGAUGGUGAACCUUGUCGCUUCCCCUUUUUGUUUAUGGAGAAGGAGUAUGCAGAGUGCACUGCAGAUGGGAGGGAAGAUGGCAGGCUUUGGUGUGCAACAACCUACGAUUACAAGAAGGAUCAAAAGUGGGGCUUCUGUGAAACUGAAGAGCAGUCUAAUAAGAGAAGGCAAAUGCAAGAAGCUGAGGAUGUCUAUCAGACCGGAAUGAAAAUCCUUAAUGAAAGCAGCAAAAAGGCUCAGAAGAAAGAAGCAUAUCAGUAUCUCCUGAAAGCAGCUGACAUGAAUCAUACGAAGGCAAUGGAGAAAGUCUCUUAUGCUUUGUUGUUCGGGGAUUAUCUGAAGCAGAACAUACAGUCAUCAAAAGAAUUAUUUGAAAAACUAACAGAAGAAGGUUCUCCCAAAGGACAAAUGGCUCUUGGAUUUCUGUAUGCGUCUGGUCUAGGAGUCAAUUCUAGUCAAGCUAAGGCCCUGGUCUAUUACACUUUUGGAGCUUUAGGAGGAAAUCUGAUAGCCCAUAUGAUCUUGGGUUAUCGGUACUGGGCUGGGAUAGGAGUCCUUCAAAGCUGUGAAUCUGCUCUCACUCACUACAGACUUGUAGCUAAUCAUGUUGCUAGCGACAUUUCAUUGACUGGUGGCACAGUGGUUCAGCGAAUUCGCUUAGCAGAUGAAGUAGAAAAUCCAGGAAUGGCAAGUGGAAUGCUGGAAGAAGACUUGAUUCAGUAUUACCAGUUUUUAGCAGAGAAAGGAGAUGUACAAGCACAGGUUGGUCUUGGACAAUUGCACUUGCAUGGAGGAAGAGGAGUAGAGCAAAAUCAUCAGCGAGCAUUUGAGUACUUCAAUCAAGCAGCUAAUGCUGGUAACUCACAUGCUAUGGCCUUUCUGGGAAAGAUGUACUCAGAAGGAAGUGAUGUUGUACCUCAGAGCAAUGAAACAGCUCUUCAGUAUUUCAAGAAAGCUGCUGAUAUGGGUAAUCCAGUUGGGCAGAGUGGAUUAGGAAUGGCUUACUUGUAUGGAAGAGGUGUUCCAGUGAACUAUGAGCUAGCACUGAAGUAUUUCCAGAAGGCUGCAGAACAGGGAUGGGUUGAUGGACAACUUCAACUAGGUUCCAUGUAUUACAAUGGUAUUGGAGUCAAGAGAGACUAUAAACAAGCUUUGAAGUAUUUUAAUUUGGCCUCCCAAGGUGGCCAUAUUCUGGCUUUUUAUAAUCUGGCUCAGAUGCACGCUACUGGCACUGGAGUGAUGCGAUCCUGUCAUACUGCUGUUGAGUUGUUUAAGAACGUUUGCGAACGGGGGCGCUGGUCUGAAAGACUUAUGACUGCCUACAACAGCUAUAAAGAUGGUGAUUCAAAUUCUGCUGUUGUUCAGUAUCUUCUUUUGGCAGAACAAGGCUAUGAAGUUGCACAAAGCAAUGCUGCUUUCAUACUUGAUCAGAAAGAAGCUAGCAUAGUUGGAGAAAAUGAAACGUAUCCUCGAGCUUUGCUUCACUGGAAUAGAGCGGCUUCUCAAGGAUAUACAGUUGCAAGAAUUAAACUUGGAGAUUACCAUUUUUAUGGGUUUGGUACCGAUGUUGAUUAUGAAACCGCGUUUAUUCACUAUCGACUAGCAUCGGAGCAACAGCACAGCGCCCAAGCCAUGUUUAAUCUGGGCUACAUGCAUGAGAAGGGACUGGGCAUCAAGCAGGAUAUUCAUCUUGCAAAACGAUUUUAUGACAUGGCAGCUGAAGCAAGCCCAGAUGCUCAGGUUCCAGUCUUCCUAGCACUUUGCAAGCUUGGAGUGAUUUAUUCUGUGCAGUAUGUUCGAGAAAUUAAUAUAAGGGAGGUAUUCUCACAUAUUGAUAUGGACCAGCUGCUGGGGCCGGAGUGGGACCUUUACCUUAUGACCAUCAUCACCUUGCUUCUGGGAACAAUUAUAGCUUACAGACAAAGGCAACAUCAGGCAAUCCCCAGACCAGCAGGACUGCGGCCAGCUGUGCCUCAACAAGAACCGCCACCAGAGCAUCAACCACCGCAAUAGCAACAAGAGCCUCAGUGAAAGAACUGGAUUUUUCCACAAGGAACAAUUUUCAUUGUGAUUUAGUACUUUGGAUCAACGGUCCCUCCCACAAAAGAGGCACAAAGAAGUUUAUAAAGGAAAAAGUCUGAAAGCUGCUUAGAAUGAUGCCUUUUUUCAGGGAUAAGAAUUAUUUUGAAACUGAUUUGAAUGUUAUUUCAGUGCCAAUGGAAUAACACUAUGGCUUUUUCAUGGAAACACAGAAGUGUGCUACUACAAAAAUGUUGCCUGCUGUAUCUAGUUCCUCUUUAUUCAAAGUCCUUUUCAUCUUGUAGAGAGAGAAGGUUAGCAUUGGAAGGUUUUUGCCUGCCUGAUAGCAGCUGCCCUAUAAAAACAAAAUAGUAAUGAUUUUAUGGCCAAUUUCAGUCCAAGAAGCUGAACUUCAUUCAAAGUCUAAAAAGGCUAGAGCUGUAUGAACUUACAUUCUGAUCUGCAUCCCAAGUAUUUCUACAAUUUUUAUUUCAUUUAUUUCUUACACUUUGGUCUUUUAUGCUGUCCUGGAUGGUUUAAUGUGGAUCAUUUAUAAACUCUGUAAAACUACGCUAGCAAACAUGUCACUCUGCAUUUGUGCUUUUUUGCGUAUCUUCCUCCAUUACCCUUCAAGUAGGCAGUUGUCAGGAGUCUGUCUGUAGCCCAGGAGGCGGGCUGGGACAGAUUGGGUCUGUGAAGAUAAUUAGUUGAAAGCUAUUAUUGCAGUGCCCAGAUCUUGCAUUCUUCUAAAAUUUUUUUGGAGAUUGUAAUUUGCAGUCCUUAGUGACAUAAGGACAAGUUGGUAAUGUUCCUAAAUAAUUUAACCUUGCUCUUGCAGAGAGACUGAGUCUAGAUUGCAGAAAGCACAAGUAUUAGUGGACACUGAAGGAAUGACAGAGCCAGAAAGGUCAGUGAGUUAGCCUACUCAUUUUUUAGUAGUGGGAGUCUUGUAUUUAAUUUUCAAUGAUCCUGCAUGUUCUCUGCACUGCAAGAAGGUGGUCUUGCAGCUGAAAUGUAUGUGGUAUCUUACCCGUGCAUCUGUUUAAUGUAUCUGCAGAGAAGGGGCCCCAGAGAUGCAUACUCUCUGCAGAAGGGCAUGGACUUAUGCCAGCAAUGCUACUCCAAAGUUUGGUUGACUGAUAAAAAUCAUAUGUUAGAUCACAGCAGUGCUCUGGCUAUGGCCUACCUCUCUUGUACCUGGCAUACACGAGAAAGUCAGAACAACACUUCUGAAUGGCUGUGCCAUCUGAGGAUCCCUUGUAACAAGAAAAUCCACAGAUAAAGACAACUAAUGGUUUAUGGCCUCUUGAUCCCAUCAGGUCAGUGCAAAGGCUUUCUAGUGAGUAUAAAGAUUAAGACCUGUGGAAUGAUGUUUUUAGACUGCAAGGAGAGUUUUGAGUUAGUGACAAUUUUUCUUUGAACUAUAAUUUCAGGGGUUGAGGGUGGCAAGCGGUGAGGGAAUAGCUUAGGUGUAACAUACAGAUGUUUCUGUUCUUAUUUGGCAAAGGCAGUUAAAUAUUUUUCUGUACUAGCAUUAAACCCUCUGAAUAUGCUGUCUUAAAGCAGAAUGAAAUACGAAUAAUGAGGUUGUACCUUUUUGUCGAAAUCUGCUGCAUUUAAAUGAUUAAGAGCUUCCUUUCAUAUGUUUUCUUCCUUCAUUGGAUUGGCAGCAACCUAUCAAUACACUGUAGAGUUGAUACGAUCUGUUUUUAUAUUUAAUGCAUUUGUAAGGCGACCAUUGCAUUAAUAUAUCUGUAGCUUGGAGGAGAGGAUAAGAAAUCCACUCUUCUGUAAACUGAAGUGUCAUGAUGACUUAGUAUUAAAAUAUAGGUAGAGCUUUUCAAUGCUUCAAAAUGCCUUUGCUGGUUACAUGGAGACAAAUCUCCCAUUUAAGUUUGGAGGGUUGCAGCAAGUGAUAGAGGGAUGUCUUGUUUCAGUCUUGAUCGUCAUCAUCAGAUGCAACAGUAUUGAAUCUUAAUGUAGUGUCUAAAAUGUAUAGCAACUCCCCAGCUGCAUUUCUAAGAUCUGUGACUUCUGAGCACUUCCUCUGAAGUAUUUUUUGCCUCUGUCACUUAAUAGCUCUUUUCAGCUCAGCAUGAAUAAAUUAAAGAUUGUAUGGAAAAUGUUUUUCAGUUAACUACCACUAGUUCAUUGGUCUCUUAGGAUGUUUAACAAUUUUGUUACUGCUUUAUUAAAAUUGUUUUUGUUGUUUAAUCAAUGAGAACCAAGUUCUAAAAGUUCUGUUUGCAUGGGAAUCUCUCAUCAUUACUGCCAUGUGAGUCUUACAAUUCACUUUUCACUGAACUGAUGCAUUUUUACAUCUAAGAAAUGAACAAAAACAUGGCUGAAGAUCAGUAAGUUAUUUCAUUUUAAGAACUGCUUUUUGCAGAAGCAAUAAGGAAGUCUUUCUGCUUUUUUCCCCACUUCCAUCAAAUUGCUAUCACUAACUUUUUUCAGAUGACAUUUGUAUGAGUGAAGUGGUAGUAAAAGGUACUUACCAUGAGUAAUAAGUUAACUCAGGGAUUAAAGAAAUUAAUAUACUUUUUAAAUUGGUUGUUAAACAUCAGUUCAGUUUCUGUGACAAUCCCUUGCUAUUCUGUUCUGAAACUUGCAUUCUGAGGGAAGUGUGUUUAACUCUUACUAGCAAUGUUUCUUGUUGUGCACUUGGUUUAUCAAACUUUUUUUCCUAAAGGAACUGGGUUGCUCAGUUGAUUGCAGUGAAGUGCUCUUCCCUUUUGGUAGCACACAGAUUGUCUUAUAGCUUAUACGCAGAAUUAUUUUAGAAGAGAAACUUGAUUUUAAGAGAAGCCCUUCUAGGUAUGUGAUUGUUCUUUAAAUGGAAAAACUGUGUUCUUUGUCAGUAGUAACAUAGGCCAGAGCCUGCCUAUGUGACCUUCCCAGACACCUGCUCUCUUCUCCCUGCAGGGGAGGAUGGAUCUGCAGAGCAGUAACAGUUGUCAGCGGGAGUUCUAUAUACAAGAAUACAGUGGAAAGGUAUGGGGGGAGAACAUUGUUCUGCAUCUCACAUUAUUAAUCAAACAUAUCAGCUGUUCCUGCAGUUUGAAAGUAGCAUUGAAAUGUUGAGAAAACAAGGUUUUAGUUCUUCCCUUUGACACUUGCCCUGGAGCUUAGCCUAUUGAAACAGUUUUCCUUGCUUUAUAUGUCCAUCAUAGGACAAUGUAAUGACAGUUAAGGCCUUUGAUAUAAAUAUCACAAUGAGACUUUAUGAAACACAACUUCAUUCACAUUUUAGUCAUCUUCCAUGACUUUGGUCAUCUUCUCUUAUUGAACUUUAAAGUGGGGGAAAAGAAAUCUUCUUUGAGAAGAGCAUUAAAUUAUGGGUUGUGAAAGGACUUCUAAGACUAUGCAUUAUCUAGUUUCCACCACUAGCUUUGACCUACAAGGAUUAUAUAUUACAGGGGUUUACAGUCACCUUUGGAAGUUGUUUCUUUUUUAGAUAUUUAGAUAGGCAACAAUAUAUUGAAACUCUAUUUUUGUUUCAGAGAAUAUUAAACUAAGAUAACUUUGGUUUAAGAACUUCUGCAAGUACAUAUGACAAAUAGGGUUCCCCCCCCAAAAAAAUAGUCCCUUUGUUUUUAUCAGCUGCAGUUCUUUAAAGGGUCUUGUAGGACUUUUGUAAAUUUAUUUUGUAUUUAAAAUCAGUAUAAAGGCUGGUCAAAUGUAAUAUAAUUGUGUAAACAAAUUCUGUUAAUAGAAAGAUGUACAGAUUCAUUUUGUACUGUAUCUUUAAUCUUGUGAAAUAAAGCUGCCACCUGUGUGGUUA